AUGGCUACUCAAGAUGAGCUUCGUGAUGCUGAUUUGAUCGUUGCCGCUCCUGAUGCUGUUAUUCGAGGCCUUUCGCCGACUCGUUCGUUCGCCUCGGAUUCGACAAGUCGUCUCGAUCCUGCAACCUUGAUCAGCAAACGUUCCCAUCAUCGAAGAAAUUUCACCCGAAACGUGAAUAAAGUCAAGAUGGUGAUUCACGAGACAGGUCCUUCCAUCUACUCAAACGAUCUCAUCACGAAGGCCAACGAUCAUUAUGAGCAAUGUAUGUAUUACCAUCAUCGUUAUUGUGCAAAAUUGGGUGUCACCGACGACACUUGGUUGGAGAAUUUGCGUCAUGAUUAUAAUACGGCUCAUGAAGAAUUUGCCACAGCCCGUCGCCCCGGCCAUGCUACCGAACAACCAGCGCCUAGAGCAACGACCCGCACGAGAGCUCAAGUUCGCCCCGGUUCUGUCGAGUCAACCCGUCAACCCGAGUUCGCCCCGCUGGAUGUGCCCGUCAGCACAUCUCGCCCCUGUGUGGUUGAGUCGACCCGUCAACCCGAAUUUGCCUCGCGGGGUGUGCCUACCAGUACAUCCCACCAUUCCCGUGAGGAAGAUGUCUCUCGCACCGAAGUGGUUGUCGAUCCCGUUAGUGACAGUCAUCAUCAGGCCGAGGGUAGCCGCCCGUCUUCUUUGGCCAGCUCCAGGUCUUCGGUUGCCGCUAGCAUUUCGUCUUCUCGUCGUUCGCGGAGCUCUACCCUUUCGACUCUGACUAGAGAACGCCUUGCUGCCGAACUCGACCUUGAACUGGCACGCAAGCGGCGAGAAGAAGAAAAGAAUGAAAAUGACCUUCUGGACGAGCUAGCCCGUAAGUUACGUGAGGAGAAGAUUCGUAUCGGGGCCAAACGAAAGGAACGGAAAAUCGAGGAAGAAAUCGCACGUCUUCGUAUGAACGAGAAGUUUUCAAAGAGGUCUGUUCGUUCGCCUUCGCCGACCUCCUUGAGUUCUUUCAGUGAACCAGAUGACGAUAUCCAUAUUCCGUUGCCGAAGAGUAAGCCUCGUGACAAAGUGCUGCUUCCCACCGGGCCGUCCGACAGGAGCGUAGAUAGCUGGAUCGACGAUCUGGAGCAGAAACCGACGGCCUUACCCUCUGCAGCGCCCAUGCCUUGGAUGUUUGGAGGUUCGGCCCCGUUCACGUGUAGGACACCGUUUGAUGGCGACCCUCGAGAUUGGCUUCUUUUUGCCUCAAGAUUUCGAGCCCUCGUCCACGACGUCAUUCCGAACGAUGCCCAGCGUUUGGCCAUUCUUACCGAGUGGGUUGGCCCUAGCGUUUUUCGCCGCAUCUCCCCAUUGUUAAAGGCUCCUCGUGGGUACACUGCAGUUCUUGCCUAUCUUAAGAAGCACUACGGUUCGAGCGAGCAGAUCGCUCGCUGUCAAAUACACGAUCUUCUUAGUCUUCCCUUCGUCAAGCCGGGUGAUCGCCAGGCGCUUGAAAGUUUUUCUGAUCAGCUGCACGGAGCUGUUGUGGUGUUGGAACAAGGGGGAUUGGAGCACGAUCUUAAGAGUGCUGCUAAUCUUGAUCAGGCAGUACAGAAGCUGCCACCUGUCUUUCGCCAUCGCUGGGCCCGUUACGCACGUAAGCGUUUACCGAAAGGUGUCGACCUUAGCGACUUGGAUCGGUUCAUGGAAGAGGUCGUGGAAGAGGAGCGGAUGGCUCGUUCGGCAUUCGAGUUGGCGCCUAAGAUUGAUCUUCGUGAAAAGCGUGUUACGUUUCCCAAGCCAGCCGUUGAAAAGCACCCUUCAAGCAGACCUGCAAUUCUGAAACCGCCACCCGUUCGGCCACCCCCUACCAUCUUAGCCACCCAAGUAGCGAAAGACGUAGAUGUCGAGUGUCCAGGCUGCGGCGGCGCUCAUCGACUUGUUUCUUGCCCCGAAUUACAGAGGAAGUCACCGAGUGAACGAGCGCUGGUGGCGAAGGAGAAAGGCGUAUGUUUCAACUGUCUUGGAGGAAAGCACCGCAGUGCGGAUUGUCGUUCAAAACCCGCUUGUGAAUCCACCGGAUGCCGUGCACGUCAUCAUUCGCUGUUGCAUGGUGCGGAGAGAGUUUUUCCUGAGAAAAGCACACCUCGUCAGUUCCCGUCUUCCGUCGGAGGCCAAGAAUGUUUUCAAGGACCUCAAACACUCGCCAUUGCUCCCCGCCUGACAUCUGAUGUUCUCUUGGCCGUGGUUCCCGUCCGACUUCGUGCGGGUUGCCGGACUCUUGACGUUUUCGCUCUGCUCGACACCGGGAGCCAAGCUACCCUUUUGCGUGAAGACGCGGCUAAUGCGCUUGGUCUUACGGGCUGGCCACGCAAAAUUCGUUUUGGAACCUUCCAUGGAAACGAUCCGGUCGUCGAGACUCGUCUUGUGGGCUUCUCCGUUUCGUCGCUAGAGGGAGACCAAAACUACAAGGUUUCCGACGCCUUUGUUGUGCCUCGUCUAAAUGUUGGGCAACGCAAGAUAAAAGAUGUUCUCGCUUCGUUCGAUUAUCUUCGUGACCUCAACUUUCCUGCUCGAGACGCUGGUGAAGUCCAGAUUUUGAUCGGGAUGGACGUUCAAGACGCCCAUCUAAACAUCGAGGUUCGUCGCCCUCCAUCUGGAGUUCGGGGCCCUAAUGCUGUGCUCACCCCAUUUGGCUGGUGCGUUGUUGGGAGGACCUAUCCAUUACCGGCAGUGGAAGAUCCAAGCAUAAAUUUCGUUAAGCUGGGAACGAUCGAGCAGCUGGAAGAGUGCGUCGAAAGGUUUUGGAAAACCCAAUCUCUCCCAGUUCGUGAUGCCCCCAGUACAUUUAUGUCGUCGUUAGACCGUGCCGCAAUGGACCAACUCGAAUCGACCAUUCGGCACACUGGAACGCGUUACGAAGUAGGCUUGCCUGUUCGCCCGCAUUGCCCGAAGUUGCCGGACAACAAAGAAUUUGCACGUCGCAAGUUCUUCGCACUGGAGAGGAGACUUCUUUCACACAACGACCUUCGCCAAGCAGUUACGGCGCAGAUGAAGGAGGUGUUUUGCAGCGGCCACGCAGUGAAAGUCACUUCUACAGCUCCCGGUUCCAAGGUGUGGUUCCUACCUUAUCAUCCGGUUCGACAUCCAACGAAGCCCAGCAAGAUCCGUCUCGUUUACGACGCUGCUGCCCGGUUUAAAGGAACCGCGAUCAACGACAUCCUGCUGAAAGGUCCGGAUCUCACCACGCAGUUAUUGGCCGUGUUGCUUCGCUUCCGUGAAAGGAGAAUUGGCGUUACUGCAGACAUUGCGAAAAUGUUUUAUCAAGUGCUGGUUCGUGAGUCAGAUUGCACGAUGUUUCGUUUUUUGUGGCGCGAGCCUGGAACCGAAGAUCCUAUCCAGGAAUUCCAGAUGACGGUGCACAUUUUCGGUGCUGUCUCAUCGCCAACGGUUUGCAGCUUUGCCCUUCAGCGCCUCGAAAAGGAUGCGCCCGAACACCUGAAGGAAGUCGCGAGGCGUAUUCGUUCCAGCUUUUAUGUGGACAACCUGUUGUCGUCGUUCGACGAAGUGGAUGAAGGCGUUUCCAUCAGUCAGAAGCUGGUUGAACUACUCAAGCUCGGUGGUUUCGACCUCGUCCAGUUUCUGAGCUCUUCGCGUUCGUUGUUGGACCAACUUCCGUCUUCCUCUCGUCUGGUUCCCGAGCUCGAUCUAGAUUUCGACGAUUUGCCAACCGAGCGCACGUUGGGGUAUCUAUGGAGUUGUGAGCGAGACGAGUUCGUUUUUCGUUUUAAGAAGACAGAAGAGGCCUUUUCAAAACGCUCGAUUCUUUCGGCAAUUUCGAGCAUCUAUGAUCCUCUUGGUCUCCUAGCACCCGUCGUUUUGGUGGCGAAAAUCAUCCUUCAGGACAUCUGGCGACUCAAAGGUGGCUGGGAUGAGAUUCUGCCCGCCGAUAUUCUGAAUCGUUGGGGGCGCUUUGUGGAACAUCUGCCGAUGCUCGAACUGCUGAACAUCCCGAGAAGUUUCUUGACUAGUCCCCAGUCGGCGUAUCGUUCUUUUCAGUUGCACGCUUUUUCGGACGCAUCGAAAGACGGUUUUGGUGUUGUAAUUUAUCUUCGAGCUGAAACCUCUGGCGAGGUCGAAGUCUCUUUCGUAAUGGCAAAAGUAAGAGUUGCUCCCAUCCAUCAGCUUUCGAUUCCGAAGAUGGAGCUUCAAGGUGCUUUGCUAGCAGUCAGGUUAGCAAACUAUCUGUUGAAGGAGCUGACUCUGCCCAUAUCGAAUGUGUUUUUCUGGGUUGAUGCGAUGACUGUUGUUCGGUGGAUCCACGCCAGCCAUCGUCGUUACAACGUGUUUGUCGCAAACAGAAUAGCUGAGAUCCUGGAUUCAACGACCCCUCCGCAAUGGAGACAUGUUCCUGGUGCACUUAACCCAGCAGACGAAUGCAGUCGUGGUCUCUGUCCGUCCGAGCUCGAUCCAAAUCAUCGCUGCGGGCCAGUAGAUGACGUUGUGGCUCGAGCCGAUAAUCUACAUCGCCUAAUUCGCAUCGCCGCUUGGAUUGAAAGAUUCGUUCGCAACAUCCAGAUCCUCGUUCAUCGGAGACGUGCCAGAGAAAGGUCUAUUCUGGAUGGCAAUCAUGAAGAAGCAGCGACCGGACAAAGUGAGCAGUUGAAAACGGGCCGGCAGCAGAGUGCGGACGAGCUGAAGUCAGCCCGUCGCCUUUUAAUUCGUGUUUCGCAGCGCGACUCCUUCCCUGACGAUUUAAGCAGUUUGCGGAAGGCGAAGUCCGUUCGCCCGGAGUCUCGGUUGCUGAAACUGGCCGUUUAUCUAGAUGACGCCGGAAUCAUUCGUGUUGGUGGCCGCCUCGAAAAUGCCCCCAUCAGCGCUGAAGCCCGUCAUCCUGCCGUUCUGGAACCCAAGCAUCCGCUCACCCGAUUGUUCAUACGCUGGGCGCAUAUUUCCGUGGCUCAUGGACGAGCUGAUCGCACUCUUGCUGAAGUUCGUGCUCGUUACUGGGUUUUGAAAGGACGCGAAGCGACAAAGUCGGUCAUCACGACUUGCCUGUAUUGUUCCCGCAUGAGAGCCAAGCCGUUUCAGCCGAUGAUGGCCCCGCUUCCAGCGGAGCGGGUCCAACCGUUCAGCCCUCCAUUUACCCGUAUUGGAGUGGACUACCUCGGUCCCUUCCCUAUUUCAAUUGGCCGGCGAACAGAAAAUCGUUGGAUUGCACUUUUUACCUGCCUCUCAACCCGUGCUAUCCACCUCGAAAUUACCCCGUCCAUGGAUGUGGAUUCCUUUUUAAUGGCUUUUACCCGUUUCGUCAGUCGUCGGGGUGCCCCAACCGAUGUUUUUAGCGACAACGGUACCAAUCUGACUGCAGGAGAGCGUGAGCUGCGUGAGGCGGUUACCCGCCUUAACGACGUGAAAAUCGCUGACCAACUUGCUCGGAAAGAAAUUCGUUGGCACUUCUCCCCGCCUGCUGCCCCGCACUUCGGAGGUGUCUGGGAGCGUCUGGUUCGCUCGUGCAAGGAGGCCCUGCGCGCUAUCCUCGGUCAGCAGACGGUGAAGGAGGAAACCUUUGCAACGGUCGUCAUCGAAGUUGAGGGCUUGCUCAACAAUCGACCGUUGACGGAUCUAGGUGCGGACCCGCAAGAAUUCGAGCCGUUAACCCCGAAUCAUUUUUUGUUGGGGCGCCCCAAUCCCCACUUGCCCGCUGACGUCAUCGACCCGGAAAUCAAAUGUCUUCGCCGAAGAUGGUUUCACGCACAGCAGAUCGUGGAUCAGGUGUGGAGCCGAUGGUUACGGGAAUACCUGCCGACCCUCACGACCCGCAACAAAUGGACCCGAUCGCAAAACAACUUGGAGGUGAACGACAUGGUGCUUAUGGUGGAUCCAAAGUCGCCGCGCGGACACUGGCCAAUUUGUCGUGUUGCCAGAGUUUUACCUGGUUCUGAUGGUGUAGUACGCGCGGCCGAAAUCAUUACGAAGUCCGGCAAGACCUUCACCCGCCCGGUUGUGCGAUUAUGUCGCUUGGAAGCCUUGAGUGCUGCUUAA